AUGCCCGCCGCCACCCGUGCCGUCCUGCGGCAAUCGCAGUUCCUGACCCGGAGAACCGUCGUCAGACACGCCUCGUCCACCUCGGAGGCUGCCUCCAAGGCUGGUGAGACUGCUUCCUCAGCUGCCUCCAAGGCCUCUGAGGGUCUGUCCAAGGUCUCUGCUUCCGCUGGUCCUGCCAUUUCCAACGCCGCUGGUGCCCUCCGCAAGAUCGGUGGACCCGCCGGCAAGGUCAUCUCUUUCGUCGAUUCUUUGAUCCCUCCUACCCUCUACUACUCCAAGGUCGGAAUUGAGCUCGGCAGACUGGUGUUCCGUGGCCAGAACAUGGCUCCUCCCAACCUGGCCACCUUCCAGUCCUACUUCCAGCCCUUCAUCAGCAACCCUGCCGCCCUCAAGACCCUCCCCUCCCCCUCGACUAUCCUCGCCUCUAUCCGCAACGCCAGCCCCAAGCAGCUCGCCUUCGCCGGUGUCACUGCCGCUGAGGUCAUUGGCUUCUUCACUGUUGGCGAGAUGAUCGGUCGCAUGAACAUUAUUGGUUACCGUGGCGAGCCUGCGCACGCGCACUAA